AUGGCAGAUCUCGCCCCCACCACCUCAUCACGCCAGGAAAUCAUGAGCGAGAGCGCAAAUAGCGACUCGGAGCAGCAUGAGUAUCUUAGGUCCAGUCAGACUUUCCCUUCAAACUCAACUUUCGAGCAAUGUCAAUCUCAAAUCGAGCUCAACAAUUUUGGGGAAAGUCUCGGUGCCGCAGCAAAAGCCGUCUUCCCUGAUGAGAUCCAGCCACCAUACACCAAUGUUUAUGCAUUGAUGAUUGUCUGGAGAGAUGAAGACGAGAACAGAGCAGCGCCCGUUGAGGUAGCGAAAUUGUCUGCGGUAUUCAAGGAUAUUUUUAAAUUCGACGUGGAGCAUUUCAGGAUCCCAAGGGAGAAUCCCCAGCAAGCUGUUGACGAGAAGAUCAGGGGCUUUUUGGACCUUGGAGGGAAUCGCGCCGAGGACUUGAAGAUUAUUUACUAUGCUGGAGACACGAAAGCAAAGAGAGAAGAGAGAGUGAUGUCGACCAGGUGCGCUGAACUUCUUACCGAUGAGAGGAUGUGUGCUUACAUAUAUAGCGGUCGCAAGAAAUCCAAUCCUACAGGCGACUGGAUUGAUGUGCAGACAGCACCUGAGCAGGCUCACAGCGAUGUCUUGAUCCUCUUGGACAGUCCUUACACGGGGCCUUCGAGCAUCAGCCACUGCAGUGGAGUCACCGAAGUCAUCGCAUCUCGCUCUCUAAACGAGGGAGCAAAGAUCGACAAACCAUUCGCCUUCACCGAAGACCUCGCAAUUGAACUGCGAGAUCUGAGUAAGCUGCCAUCUUUCUCGGUCGGCAAUCUCUAUCACAACCUCUUCUGCCGCUCCCAAAUUCGCCAGUCAGAACAUCCCGACAAACCACCAGCCCCAGUCUACGCUCCUCUCAAUCAAGAAAAUGACAGAUAUCCGCGCAGCAUUCGUCUUGCGAUACACAAAGACGACGCUCAUGCUAAAGGCUCAUUCGAAGUCCACCAUCCCAAUCCAGAAGGAGUCACCAACCUCUCUCUUUCCCCCUCCUUCCUGCACUCAUCCGCUCUAAUUCCCGGCUCACAAGCGCCACGAAUGGCAUUUGCCCUUCACAUCUCGUCAAGAUUCAAAGUUUCUGACCUCCCUUCCUCUCCUUUUCAGCAGUGGCUCGGAAACUUACCCGCCUCAUUAGCGGAUGUAAAGAUUGAAACUGGCUUCCACAGUUUCCCAUCCCUACUUGUCGUCUCGGCACCCUUAUUCAUGGGUAUUUACAUGCCUCGAGAUCCGGCGGUGAUGCAUCUGGGCCCAUUUACCGGGUUCAACGAGAUUUUGAGUGGACCGGGGGCAUUUCCGCCGACGCCGACGCCGGAUAUAGGGAUAUUUGAGAGACCUAACCCUAGUCCGAAGAUAAAUGGGAUUGAUGUCCCUCUUCAGCAGAGCAAUGGUGUCAAUGGUACCCAUAUAUCUUCGGGGGUCCGGUUUGAGGAGCUUCCUGGAGCUACCAACGGCAAAGAAAACAAACCGCCGUUUGAAAGAGGAGAUUCUCAAUUCAGCCUCGAUACCAGUUUUGACACAAUUUUCGAUACACCGAUAUUGUCCAGCGGGCUUCGUCACGCUCCUACACUCCAUGGUGAGAUACCAGAGAAGUCUCAUCCGAUCCAAUCACCAGGACCGCAUGCUAGCGAGCCAAACGGGCCGCAGUCGAAAGCCCAUGCCAAGAUCAGAACAUAUACCGAUGAUCCGUAUACCAAACAGUUCCCACGCAUUUCUCGUUCUGUUGAACUGUUGCGGAACAGCUAUGAUUGCAUUGUCAUCGGUUCCGGUUAUGGUGGUGGCGUCGCGGCCAGCAGAAUGGCUCGAGCAGGCCAAUCAGUCUGUCUCCUUGAACGAGGAAAGGAGCGCUGGCCAGGCGAGUAUCCGAGCGGAUUCCUAGACGCUUUGAAAAAUCUUCAUGUCUCUGGGGAGUUUGCACCAGGCUUCUUGGAAGGCGCCAUGGUGGAAGGUGGAGAUCCAACAGGUCUCUACCACCUCAUUUGCGGCAAGGGCCAGAACGCAUUUGUUGGCAACGGACUCGGAGGCACGAGCUUGCUGAACGCGAAUGUAUUUCUUGAAGCAGAUUCCAAGACGAUGAAGAUGUCGUGCUGGCCGAAAGAAUUGCGGAAGCCGGAUUCGCUGAAAGAGUACUAUGAUCGUGCAGCCGACGUUCUUGAGCCAGAGACAUAUCCUGACGACUGGCCCGAACUGCCCAAACUCACGAUGCUUGAACGUCAAGCCAAGGCUCUAGGCUGGGGCGAGAAAUUCCGCCGUGUGCCGCAGACCACACGCUUCAAGGGAGGUCCCAAUAGCACAGGCGUAGAAAUGUAUCCCUCGGCCCUGACGGGAAUGGAUUCUACCGGCGUUAACGACGGCAGCAAGUCUAGCACUUUGGUCAACUAUCUAUCUGACGCAUGGAACUGGGGCGCAGAGAUGUUCUGCGAAUGCGAAGUCCGCUAUAUCAAGAAACACCCUGAUCCAGAACAAGAAGGCUAUCUCGUGUUCUUUGCGUGGCACGGAAGCAGUCGUGGAGCGUUCCAGGAACGACUGUAUGAGGAUUUGAUGUGGGUACAUGCAAAAAAAUGCGUGUUUCUUGGUGCGGGAAGCAUUGGGACCACGGAGAUACUGCUGAGGAGCAAGAAACUUGGGCUGGGAAUGAGUGAUAAAGUUGGCACAGGCAUGAGUGGAAACGGCGACAUUCUCGCCUUCGGAUACAACACCGACAGCGAAGUCAACGCAAUCGGACGCCAGUAUCCGUCGCCGUACAAGCCUGUUGGUCCAACGAUCAGCGGGAUCAUUGACUGUAGAGACGAUCACGACAAUCCCCUUGAUGGGUUCGUGAUACAAGAAGGCGCUAUCCCGAAAGCUCUUGCUCCGCUGUUUCAGACUAUGCUCGAGCUUAUGCCAGGCAACCAGCUUCCCACUGGGCAAACUCUCCUUGAGAAGGUCAAGCACUCUAUUGCUCAGCAAGGAAGUCGUUUCCUGGGACCAUACUACGCGAAAGGCAGUAUAGAACGCACACAAGUCUACCUCGUCAUGAGCCACGACUCGAACCAGGCAAUUCUCACCCUCAAAAAUGACAAGCCAGUCCUCGAAUUCCUCGGGGUGGGACGCAGCGAGCAUGUCGAGUACCUCAACGACGUCCUCCGGCAAGCAACCCAAGCAGUCGGUGGCACCUACGUCAACUCUCCCUUUUACGCAGCGCUCGGCCAGCAGGAAAUCACCGUUCAUCCCAUCGGUGGAGCGUGCAUGUCCAAAUCCGAUUCCGGCGAACACGGCGUCACGAAUCACUGGGGUGAGGUGUUUGCGGGUGAUGGGAAGGAGACGCAUCACGGACUCAUCGUCACAGAUGGCGCUGUUAUCCCCACGGCGUUGGGCGUAAAUCCCUUCGCAACCAUCACCGCGCUGGCCGAACGCUCCGUCGAGCACGCGGCCAAAUUCCGCAUCAAGAGGAGGAUAGAUUUCGAGACGAAGAAUAAUAUGCUCGACCUCUUUGCAGAACCGCAUCAGUACGCAUCUGCCAAGAAGGUGUUGCAAAGGAGCGAUACUACUGGUAUCCGUGAAGCUACGAGCCUAGUGACCAGGACGAGAGAGGCAAAAAGUAAUGGCUUUGGAUUCUCGGAAGUCAUGUCCGGAUAUAUUCACGUGGGAGAGGGGAUCGAAGGCUGUAAGAUUGAAGAUUACCAGACUGCUGCGAAGACGGCCAAGGGGCUUUGUGAAGAGGCCCGAUUCUUUUUAAGUGUGAAGGCUUGGGAUACGGAGACCAUCGUCAACAAAGCUGACCAUUCGGCCAUGCUAACUGGGACCUUUACAUGCGCCGGCCUCCCUGGUUCCCCUUUCAUGGUACAACGCGGCGCGUUCCACCUCUUCUCCGUUGACUCCGAAGCGCCUGGUACCAGAAAUCUCACAUACGACUUUGACAUGACGUCCACCGACGGUGGCGCUUUUCAUUUCCACGGCCAGAAGAUCGUCGACAGUAGCGUUGCACUCGGCCCCUGGCGCUUCUGGAAGGCGACCAGUACGCUCUACGUGACCAUUAGCGAGGCUAACGGGGGAAAGAGGGUGUUGGGAAGAGGCAUGAUGCACAUCAAGCCCAUGGACUUCUUGUCCGAGCUUUUCACGCUGAAACCCUCGGGCAAAUCUUUCCUCUCCAAACUUCACUCCUCCGUGUCCUUCAUGGGUUUCUUCGCCAAGCAGUCUAUGGGGCUCUUCCUGGCGCCCUUCACCUGGCAACAAUAUCCGUCAGUCACAUACUCGGGCUUCAUCAACGAGACGUCUCCAGACCGUACAAUCAAGAUUGUAGCAAGUGACGGCGUACAAACAUUCCUGCAUAUCUGGGAACCGCGGAACCCGGAGCUGAAGACCGAGAAUCUCUUUAUGAUCCCCGGUGCCUCAGUCGACCAUCAGAUCUUCUCGCUCCCAACCAUUGACGUCAACGCCGUUAACUACUUCACCCGCGCCGGCUACCGUGUACACGUCACGGUGCACCGUAUAUGCCAGCUCAUGAUAGCUGAAAACGAUUGGACGACCUACGAUUCCCGCCUAGAUAUCAGAGCCUGCUACGAAUGGAUGCGGAAGGAGCACGGCCAUGCCCCGAUAUAUACAAUCAGCCACUGCAUGGGCGCCGUUGCGUUCUCGAGUGGCCUGUUGGACGGCACCAUCCCGGCGAAGUGGGUUCGGGGGAUCACUAGCAGCCAAGUGCUGAUGAACCCGAUCUGGUCGACGCUGAAUAUGGCGAAGGUGAUGGCUGGGCCGGUGCCGUUUGACAAGCUGUAUGGCUGGCUCGGCGGCAAGUGGUUCAGCUGCUCUUCGACCCGAGGCGAUAGCUACUUCCAGCAGUUGGUCAACCAGAUCUUGCGCUUCUACCCGGACGCGAGGGAAGAGAUCUGCAACAACGUGUCUUGUCACCGAUGCUCGCUUAUCUUCGGCCGGCUCUGGAACCACCGCAACCUCAACGACGCCACGCACCGCCAACUCAACCGCUUCUUCGGCGGUGUGAACAUGACCUGCCUACACCUCCUCAUGCAGAUGGGCCGCCGCGGCCUCGUCACGACCAACUCCCCUCUCUUCGGCGACCUGACGACGCCCGCGCACCUGCGGCGCCUCGCCCGCCUGCCCGUCAUGCUCUUCUCGGGCGCCGACAACCAGGUGCUGACCCCUGAGGCGACGGAGCGCUCGUACGGCCUCCUGCGCGACGCCUUCGGCCCCGCCAACUACUCCCGCCACCUCAUCCAGGGCUAUGGCCACCUCGACUGCUGGAUGGGCCGCGAGGCCUACGUCGACGUCUUCCCGCGCGUGCGCGCCGAGGUCGACCGCGUGUGUCGCGGCGAGACCUAUCGCUAUGCCGAGCCUGAUUGGGAAGCCGAGAGGGCGAGGGGGGUGAGCUGGCGGGAUCUGCCGGUUUCGAGUUGA